GAACAUUUAAAGGAUAGUUUUUUUAAAUCAGUUCUAAUUCAAUUUACACAUCGUAGUGAUAACAUGAAAUCUCUCGCAGGAGUCCUUGCACUUGCAAUUGUCAUCAGCCAAUCACAUGCAAAAAACGACAAACAGACCCCGGUCACUAAAUGUCCUGAGGGAGUACUCCCCGAUCUGGUGUACGUAGGCAACGUCGGAGACGAACCCUGUACAGAAUCACCAUGCCCGAUCAAUCCAUCUAAGGCAAUCGAACUUAAAAUGAAUUUCACGGCUCCCUAUCUCAUGGAAGACCCGUACAUGCAAGUUUACGUUUCACUCAUACACAUGGACUAUCCUUUUAUUAACCACGAUGCCUGUUCGAUGAUAACGAAUACUGUAUGCCCUCCAGUUGCAAACGAAGACAUAGAGUUUCAUUUUCAGAUGUCCCUUCCUUCACGUUUGCCUUCUGUCAGUGUUGACCUGCAGUUUUACCUUCAACCAGAUCAGAAGAGUAACACGAAGGCUGUCUGUUUUGGAAUAACUGUGAUGAUUGUUAAUUAAGCAAUAAAUGAUUGAUGACA